AUGGCAUCUUCAGGGAUCUGUGGUUCUGACGCCCACGUGCUGAAAGGAGAGCUCCCACUGAAAUUCCCUUUCAUUCCGGGUCAUGAAGGAGCAGGAACUGUGGAGAGUGUUGGGGAUGGAGUUAGCUCCGUGAAACCAGGAGAUAAAGUCCUCACACUCAUUAUUCCCCAGUGCCGAGAAUGCGAUGCCUGCUUGCACUCCCAAGGAAACUUCUGUGACAAACAAGAUGUUCUUCCAUGUUCCGGGGUGAUGCUGGACGGGACCUCUAGGUUUUCCUGCCAAGGGCAGAAGGUUUACCAUUCCUUCCGCACAAGCACGUUCACCGAGUACACUGUUGUGCCCGAGAUUGCAGUAGUCAGCGUUGAUGCUGCUGCUCCUAUGGAUAAAGUUUGUCUCUUAAGCUGUGGCUUCCCUACAGGCUAUGGCGCUGCUGUUAACUCAGCCAAGGUCACUCCUGGCUCCACCUGUGUGGUUUUUGGACUCGGAGGGAUUGGCUCUGCCAUUGUCAUGGGCUGCAAAGCUUCUGGGGCUUCCAGAAUCAUCGGGGUUGACAUCAAUGAGCAGAAGUUUCCCUGGGCAAGAGCCUUGGGCGUCACUGAUUGUCUCAACCCUAACAAGCUCAGGAAACCUGUCCAUGAGGUGGUGAUGGAAAUGACGGGUGUUGGUGCUGACUUUGCCUUUGAGGCCAUUGGAAAAGUUGAUACCAUGGUCUCUGCUUGGAACUCCUGCAACAAGAGCUAUGGCGUGUGUCUGAUUGUUGGGCUGGCCCCAUCAGAUGCACAGCUGUCCCUUGAGUCAACCAAGAUUAUAUCUGGAAAAACCCUGAAGGGCGUGUGUUUGGGAGAUUAUAAAACCAGAGACUGUAUUCCCCAACUAGUAACUGAUUAUCUCCAAGAUAAGAUUAAUAUAGAUCCGUUAGUGACUCAUCAGCUGCCUUUUAACCAACUCCACAAAGCCUUAGAACUGUAUCAUUCAGGAAAAACCAUCCGCUGUGUUCUACUGUUCUGAGAUCUCAAUGCUAGAAGUGCAGGAGCAUCCUGAAGGGCUUUCAUUCCU